AUGAACCGGCUUCAUAUAGAAAGAAAACCGUUCCUGGUACCUAUAAACGAAGACGCAAAACAUGAAGGAGAAAAUCGACUGGCAAAGCCUGAACUCCCAUCUCAAAAAUUCCUGAAAAUCGCUUUAGACAAUUGCCUUCCUGUAGUUUCGUGCCACCAGGGACUGUUUCCUGAGCUGACCUCGAGGACUGUGGAAGAGUUGCCUCCUCCCCCCAAAAUAGACAAAUACAAACUUGCAAGAUUUUUAACAGAGAAGGCCAUCAGGGAAAAGAGAAUUUUUACAAUCUGUGGACCUUACCCAGUAAUCCGUGCAUCUUUAAGAAAGAGAGGCUGGGUAGAGAGAAAGCACACCGUUAAAGGCGACAUUCCAGACCACAAAGAGGAAGGGAAUGACGCUGAACGCGUUGUCAAAUCUGAAAGCAAAACUACUUUGCGCGAUGAGGAAGGUCAGAUUGCCAAUUCAAAUGACAUCCAUGAUAUAAUGUCUAGGUUGGUAAGAAAUGAAGAAACUACCUUUUACUGGACGAUAAAAAAGGAUGCUGUUGAUUACUACAAUCUCCACAUUGAUCAGAUGCUGAACCAUUACGCAAGAACUGGCUCCUUUACAACUAAAAUUGGGCUUUGUUUGCAUAUGAGGAAUUUGCCAUGGUAUGUGUCAGCCAACCCAAACUCUUUCUUCCCUCGGUGUUACGGCAUUUGCAUGGACGACGAGAAACUAGAUUUUAUUGAUGACUUCAGGAAAACAGCAGCAUCUUCCAUAAUCAAAUGGGUUGUCAAUUUACGUCUUUCGGGUGAUACCUUUAACAGGUCAUGUAAAGAAAAUGCUGAUAAAGAAGAUGCGACUUCCACUAAAGAUUCCGAUGAUAAUAAAGCAAAAGAGCUCCCUGAAAGACUAGUCGAGAUGGCUUGCAAAGUGUGUGAAACCUAUCUUGCACAAUUUGAACAUAAUGACAUUGACUCAGAGGCAGAAACUACUCCUGUACUUUCCGACAGAGAAUGGAAUCAAUUAAUUGAGCAGUACUACUCUCUCAUUCAUGAGGGCGCAGUGAUUUGUAAUGCAGAGAACUAUUUUACUCAGUGUCAAAAUAUUUUGCGCAGAAUUCUAUUAGUAAACCCGCAACGAGAUAUCGAUGGCCUCCACAACAUCUGGAUUAUUAAACCUGGAGCAAAAUCCCGUGGCAGAGAAAUAGUAUGCAAGAACCGGCUGGAUGAUAUAUUAAAACUAGUGGAACCAACGGAUCAGCUUCCAAUAAAGGACCAUAAGUGGGUUGUCCAAAAGUAUAUCGAAACUCCUCUAUUGAUCUUUGAUACAAAGUUUGAUAUUAGACAGUGGUUUCUUGUGACAGACUGGAACCCGCUGACUAUAUGGUUCUACAAAGAAAGCUAUCUGAGAUUUUCCACGCAGCGCUUCUCCUUGGACAAUCUACACAGCUCGAUUCACCUUUGCAAUAACUCCAUCCAGAAGAACUACAAGAACGCACCAGACCGCAGUUCUCAGUUGCCAUAUCACAAUAUGUGGACGAGCAGCAAAUUCCAAGAGUAUUUGCAAAAGAGGGGUCUUGGCCACGUCUGGCGUAAUAUUAUCUACCCGUCCAUGAAGAAAAUAUUAAUCUACACAAUGAAGAUGGCUCAGGACCAAGUUGAACCCCGGAGGAGUAGCUUUGAACUUUACGGGGCAGAUUUCAUUCUCGGAAAUGACUUUACACCUUGGUUGAUUGAAAUCAAUAGUAGUCCAACCAUGUACCCCUCGACCCCAAUAACAUCCAACCUAUGUGCUCAGGUUCAAGAAGACACAAUCAGGGUAGUUAUAGACAGAAAACAUGACAGGAACUGUGACAUUGGGCAGUUUGAACUUCUCUGGAGACAGCCCAUGUUGGAUCUGCCGCCGUUUAAUCCUACAGACCUUUUUGUGGAAGGAAUCAAUGUUAAGAAACUGAAAAAGCAUAUAGUUAACAUCACUAAUUUUAAUUUUCUUGAACCGCUGCUGGGGGUAACACAACCUGUAACCGAUCUAGAAAAUGACGGAGACCAGGGGACACCCGCCAACAACAAACGAACUGUAAAAGGAAGACAUGGAAAUAGCGCUCCUUGUCCUUUGCCAAAGACCCUCAAGAAGUUGCAAGAGAAAAGCCCUAAAGUGAAAAGCACCUACAAAAAGCCUGCCCAAACAAUAGACUUUCCUCGCAUAGCUCAUGGCCGUGGAGCAACCUCUGUUUCUGAUAAGAAAAAGUCAAAGCCCAUUGAUGAGCCAAGCCUUCAGAUUGGAAGUCAAGCUACCAUUCCCUCUCAAAAGUCUCAUUCACUGGACUGGACAUUACUUCAGCCCUCUAUAGAUGCAGGUCUGCAGAACAAAACCAAGAAGAUUCCAUGCCUAAUUUGUGGAGAUGGUUUCCAGUCAGAGAAAGCUUGUAAACAAUGCAGCUCUUUUUGUGCAACUGUAUUACAAGGAGAUUCAUACCUACCUAUGAGUCCGUGUUCUCCUCCUGAAAAGAUGACAAAGAACAGGCUGACCGUCCCAUGUUAUGGACUACCAAAAUACCUUUGA